AUGAGUAUAUCGAAAUAAAGAUUGGCUAUUGGACUUGAAAAAGAUUGGAUAAAAUGUUUAGUAAUAUUCGGAGCUGUACUAAUUCAUAAAUGGAUUGAAGGAUUAACUUUAGGAAAUUAUAUGAGAAAAUCUAAUAUCAAUAAAAAAGUAACUACUAUAAUGAUUAUUAUUUUUGCUAUUAUGAAUACAAUAGGUAUAGGGAUUGGAUGGAUUUUAUGUGAUUCAGAAAAAUUUUAUAUGAGUAUUUAUAUGAGUAUUAGUGCUGGUACAUUCUUUUAUAUUACUACUAUUAUAAUUUUAGAAGAAGAAUUUAAUAAUAUAAAAUAUAGGUUUUUAAAAUUUUUUACAUUUUUAAUUGCGGUAGGAAUAGGAAGCUGUUUUUGGUUUUUAGAAUAAUAUAUAAAUCAAGAACGUUGA